GAGUAUGUGGCGCUGACGGUGCUUGGGAAGCUGCUGAGGCUGUGGGGCAAGAUGUUUGGGUGGGAGCCCUCCGGCAGCCGCGAGGAGCGCCGCUCCCCCCCCGCCGCCCGCCCCCUCUCCCAGCUGCUGGCUGCACUGGACAAACCCCAGCCGCCACCGCAGCAGCAGCAGCACCCCUCCUCCUCCUCCUCCGGCCCCUCCUCCUCCCCCCCCGGCCCGCCCCUCUCCCAGCUGCUGGUGGACAACCUGGGCGCCCUCAUCGCCUCCACCGCCCGCACACUGCAGCAGGGGCAGCAGCACCUGCAGCGCAGGGAGGGGAGGGAGGAGCCAGCUGCCGCCACCAUCACUGCCACCACCACCGGCUCCUUCCCUUCUCCGGAGGGCGGCGCUCCCCCUCUCCCCGCCUCCGCCGCCCCCUCCCCCCCUGCUUCCCUCCCGCUCCCCCCCGGCUACCAGGCCACGGUGGGCCGCUACCUGUCGUUGUUCCGGCUGGUGGGGCGGUGCAAGGAGAGCUACGUGGCGGGGGCGCUGGUGGAGGCGGUGUGGGACUGCUGCGUGGCGGGAGGGAACACGCGGCAGGACAGGGAGAUGGGUCUAGCCCUGGUGAUGGCUUGCUGCCGUGACGACCAGGAG